AUGGGGGAACCUCCACUCAUCUCCUCCAAAGCAUCCAUCAGUGAAGACGACCUCUUCUUCGGAUUGUUCUGUGGUAUGCUGCACGUCAGCGGGCACUACGACAUUGCUAUGUGUUCGGUGGUAGGUUCUUGUGUUGUUAUCACUCAAAGAAUUGGGGUAAUGGAAGAAGAGGUAUUAAGUCGGCAUCGUAAGGAGAAGAAAGAGCUUCAAGCUAAAAUUCAGAGCCUGAAGAAAAGUGUACCUAAGGGCGAUCGUAAUCGACGCAACGCUGUACAACAGGAAAUCGCAGCAUUAGAGAAGCAGCUUGCUGGACGACAGGCUGAAGAAUUGAAGCAGUUAAAUGCUUCUUUCGAUAUCCCUACUAAUUCAACAUCAGAUCUGACUCCUCUCAAUGGAAGUGGUGAAACACCACCAUCGAGGGUCAGUAAAGCUGCUAAACGACGUAAAAAGGCCGCGGCGAAGGCACAAUCUCUUUCAAAGGCUGUAGAGGAGUCUCUUGCCAGGGAUGCCUCUUCAACGUCUGCCCUCGAAUACUGCCAACUCGAACGCGCUCUCUUUGAGCGUGGCCUUACACUGCACAAGGUUCCCUCGGAUGGCGACUGCCUAUUUGCCUCCAUUGCGCACCAAUUGGAUGUACUGGGUCUAACAGAGUGUUUGAUGGAAGCUUGCGACAAAUUCGGUGUGACGCCGCCUGCCGCAGAGGACGUGAAAUCCACUGUACGAUGCCUGCGAAUGCUCGCCUCUUCAGUUAUUCGACACAAUGGAGAGGACUACCUACCUUUUAUUUGCUCGGAGCCGGAUCUGACCUGCGAUUCCACUAUCGCUACGAUUGAUCUCUACUGCAAGAAGCUAGAAGCGCCAGGCACUUGGGGUGGUCAGCUGGAGAUUCAGGCUCUCUCCACCGCGUUGGAAAGACCCAUUGAGGUUCUACACACGGCAGGUCCGGUGAUUCGAUCGGGCGAAACGUUCGCCGCCUCUUCCAACCCACCAGCUCCUUUGGUUAUCACGUACCAUUACCACGCAUUUUCGACAGGAGAGCACUACAAUUCUUCCAAGCCACUGUAG